GCCCCCCUCCUGUCACACAUCUGCAUCAUCACACUAGCAAGUAGGUAUAGGAGCACUAGUAUUCAUAUGUAGCUUCUGACCUAUUGUUUUGCCUCAUCUGUAAUUGCACUCUGUCCAUUGGGAAAAAGAAAAAGCUGUAACCCUUCUGCUCUGAUACAAAAGUAAGACCAGCCCAUAUCUCUUCUUUCUGUCCCCUCCUUUGUUCCUUUGGGAGUUCUCUAAUUAAGACCCCCUCUAAAGCGUCAAAGUUCUUCUAAGGAGUUGACACUUGAAAGGCAGAAAAAGCAGAGAAAGUAGAAACAGAAAAAUGGGUGAGAAAGAUGAUGGUUUGAGGUUGAGUUUGAGCUUGGGAUGUGGAGAUGAUGAAAAGCGGGAGAAGAUAAGUCAAUCUCCUCAACCUUUCCCGUUGAAACUCAUGAGGUCUACUUUGCCUUUCGUGCAACAACAGAACCAGCAGCAGCUGCUGCUGCUGCAAAAGUCCUCCUUUCUUGCUGAUGCGUUUCCAUCAUCUUCUGAAAGAAAUGCUGCUGAGCCCAGAUCAUCUCUUCGAGGAAUUGAUGUAAAUCGACCAGCAACAGUGAUAGACUGUGAUGAAGAAGUCAUGGUGUCAUCACCAAACAGUACGGUGUCAAGCGUGAGUGGGAAGAGAAGCGAGAGGGAAGAAAAUGAGGCAGAAAGGGGUUCAAGUUCUCUGGAGGAUGACGGUGGCGACGCGGCGAGAAAGAAGUUGAGGCUAUCCAAGGAACAAGCAGCUCUUCUUGAAGAGACCUUUAAGGAGCACAACACUCUAAAUCCGAAGCAAAAAUUGGCUUUAGCCAAACAGCUAAACCUGAGGCCUAGACAGGUGGAGGUCUGGUUUCAGAAUAGAAGGGCAAGAACGUUUUCAUGCUGCAGGACAAAGUUGAAGCAAACAGAAGUUGACUGUGAGUACUUGAAACGUUGUUGUGAAAAUCUGACAGAGGAAAACAGGAGAUUGCAGAAGGAGGUGAACGAACUCAGAGCACUCAAGCUUUCUCCACAGUUCUAUAUGAACAUGAAUCCCCCGACCACCCUUACUAUGUGCCCUCAGUGUGAGAGAGUGGCCGUCUCAGCAUCUUCAUCGUCCUCAGCUGCAGCAUCAACAUCACUAGCUGCGACAAGCACUGGCAUCCCUCGUCAACAGAACCCACUGACCGCUGCAAAGCAACAUUCAAUGCCAAAGAAUCCUUGGGCUGCAAUCUUCCCCAAUCAAUCGCAUGGUGUCCGCCAGCCCCGGUCAUAAAUUUCCUUAAAAAGUUCAUCAUGUUCGUGGAAAGAUGGAUAGCAGGAUAGGUGUAGCAAGAAAAUGGCAGGAGCAGCGGAAGAAGUUCAGCUUUUGCUUCGAGAAGAUAGAUUCGUAAAGGGUAACAGGUGGUCCAUCUGUGGGGAGAGCUUUGUCCAUAAAACGGAGAGUAGAUCAGUUGGGAUAAAAAGAAGAGAAUCCGAGUAUCUUCGUUUUUGUUUAUCAAAUGACAAAUGAUUAAAUUUAGAUCCAAGUGUGGUUAAUGUCGGAAAUGAAGGGAACAUUGUUGUUCUAGUGUUUUAUUAGUUUCCAAUGUAAGAUAUUGUUAGUCAUGAUGACCUGCGUACUUCUCUUGUAUAGAUUAAUUCCAGGGAAAUAUAGUUAGGCUGUGGUAUAAACAAUACACUAACGUCAAUCAAAAGUCAUCAUCAAGGAUUAUGGUGGGCCAUUAUUUGUUUAGUAGAUAGGAGAUAAAGAAACGACUCGCUAUCAUUGUAUUGUUUA